AUGAACUCUCUCAUCUCUCGCGACGAAAUCGGCAACUCGGAUGCUGCACAAGACCUGUACGGCCUGGGUGUCCGCCUUGGGUUCUACAUUCAAGCCUUAUCCAUGAUCGUGUACAUCUAUGGGGACAAGAAGAACUACGGAAAAGGCCUAAAGAUAGCAUCAGGCACCAUGACAAUCUCCGUCCUCACAUCAUGGUUCUCAUUUGUCAUCGAGCAACAAUUUAGUCCGAGCGAGGCUAUUGUUGUGCUCAUGAUUCUGAUAGGUCUUAUUGUCCCAGCAAAAUACACUCUUCUUAACCCAAACACGAUUAUGGGUGAAAUGAUCGGUGUCAUCGCUCUCCUCUUCAGUGAACUGGCCCUAUGCACUGGCCUAUUAUGGACCUUUUCGACCCUAGUUCAUACCCUCCCAAGAUUAGGUACACCUAAUUUGGUGUUUUUCUUCUACCCCGUCUCGCUGACGGGUUGGUUCCGGUAUUUGGCGCUGGUAUAUUUUGUCCUUGACGCUGCAUCGUCCCUGUAUGUUGCUUAUAGAAUGAUUCGCAUUCUGCACAUUGCCUGGGAAUGCUACAUGGACGGGCGUACUGCGGCAAAUGCACAAGAAAUCGAAAUGAUUGUCGAGACAAUCAAAUGGAAUAAAAAGGGUAAGGAUGGUCUGGACGGAGGAGAUAGUCAGGAUAGUUGGAAUAAACAUCGGCCUCCGCUCCACAAUCAAAUCAUGAUGUGGCUAAAUCUGAUUUUCAUGAUUGUCGCCGUGGAAACUACUCUCGUUUGGAAUCAUCUGACGCCAUUGAAUGAUCUGCGGUCACCGGGGCAGUUGAUCCCGUUUGUGACAGGCAUCAUUUUGCUCAUCGACAGUGUUUCUGUUGUGGGCAGAGAGUAUGUUUCCUGGUAUAAAAAGUAUUUUGUUGCUAUUCGAGAGCAAGGGAUCUUGGUUGGUUGGCUUGGAACAGUCUUGGGGAUGCCAGAUGCUUUUGCUCGACUGUCCAGGAAGGCACGGUUGCUUAACGCAUCUAUGUCUACAUCUACGUCAGAAGGCGGGGGAGACUCAAUUGUAUGA